UCACUCAACCAUGAAGACCUGAACAACAAUUGAGUAACCUACCCUGUCUCAACAGAAGCUCAUGAAUAGAGAGCCACUGGUUUGGCAUCAUGCAGUCCAUCUGGUUAUGGAUAGUUAUCGCAGUUGCGAGUUGAAUUUAGUUUGCUGCGGCUGCUAUUAGAAGCACGCACAUCUGCUUCGAAUCCUAAAAUCGUCUUAAAACGCAAUUAGCCUAAACUCCCCUGCAAUAAUCUCAGUUAUGAUGUCUAUAUCAUACACUCUUAGAAAACAAUUGUUAUAUGCUUGUCUUGCUUCAUAUGUGGCACCCCUAAAGGCUUCAUUCAGCAUGCUUCCCAUCCGAAACAGUUCGGGUCAGUUAAUGCAUAUAUUAUGACGAUGUAAAAUUGAUGUAAAAUUACGCAUCUCAUUGGCAAACGUGUCAAAAUCAAUGACAGAUUUCUUGAGAUAUCUUUGAGGAAGUGCCUAUUUUGUGACUAUUUUGAGGAUGUGCAUACUGGCUAUGGUGUCUCAAGAUGGGACAAACAGUAGUCUACUAUUGCCACUUUUUCUUAAUUUUCUAGCGAAGGUCUUAUAAGGGAGUAUGCGACCACACUCGUUCGGUUCGCCUAGCCGAGUUCAGCUAGACACCAGCCGAUCCGAAGCAUAAGGAAGCCUUACCGAUUCUAUAUAGAGCCGACAUUGCAUAUAGAACCCGAUAUGGAACCAAUGUUGGGUCAGUGAAGAAGAAUCCCUAGGGUUCUGAUCAAAGAACCCAACAAAAGAGUUAUAUAUAGAACCUUUAGGGGUGCCAUAUAUGAAGAAAGCAAUAUAACCCUUUUUUGAUUCUGUCCGGAACCUUUUUAUCUAAGAGUGUCCAACAGCCAAACAUUCUUCUUCGUCAUCAUCAUCUUCAAUAGCUAGGAGAAAAUGUAGGUGUAAUAACUUCCCAUCCUGGCACCCCACCCCCAUUCUGUCCAUCCUUACCCAGUUAAAGUGAGAUGUCUCGUGUCACCGUGUAAGAUGAGAUAAAGGAGUGGUUAAAGUGCAUGAGACAGGCGCAUCACACACUUGGCUAUUGGCAGUUUGGAGACGGUUUCUUGGAGUGCUGAAAGGUAUGCCCUGAUGAUACUACACACGAUAGUGAGACCAGGUUGACUUUCAGACCGUGCUUAUCAACUCACCUAGAUCUAAGGAAUUAUUACAUCCCUAUUGAAGAACAUUUGGAGAGCAUCGCUAAUAUCUGUUGUAUGAUUGAUUUCAUUUGACCACGCUGAAACUGUGCAGUUACACAUUUGUCUGUCUUAAAAAUAAUCCUCUGUAUAAACUAGUGAUGCUUCCCAGUCCAGUGACUUCAACGCCAUUCUCGGUGAAGGAUAUUCUAAAGAUGGAGCAGCAACAUCACCCCCACCAAGGUUUCUUCUAUCCAGAUCAAGACGCACAGAUGUCUCUGCAGCGCAUGCACAGUGCACUUCGGAGCCUCGACUUACUUGACAGUCAGGAUAAAUCGUGCUUCUCGGGAGCAACACAGAUGAAAUGCACCCUGAGUUCGGAGGACAUUGACAUCCUGAGGGGCAGUUGUAGUUCAGCGGCUGAGGAGGAGACAAAUGGGGACCCAGGUAUGCUUCUUGACGAUUCGAUGGGUUGUGAUGGGAAAAAUGACAAUACCUAUUCAGGCAAGCCAAAGCAAAGAUUGCGCAGAAAACCACGCGUGCUAUUUUCCCAAACGCAGGUUUUUGAGCUGGAACGGCGCUUCAAACAGCAGAGGUACCUUUCUGCACCAGAGAGGGACCACCUCGCCAAUAUUCUAAAGCUGACUUCUACUCAAGUCAAAAUCUGGUUUCAAAACAGGAGGUACAAGUGCAAGCGGCAAAGACAAGACAAGUCUCUGGAAUUGGCUGGAUACCCGCCUCUACCACGAAGGGUGGCAGUGCCCGUGUUGGUUCGAGAUGGCAAACCGUGCAUGGGAGGACCUCAUUUAGCGCCAUACAACGUGACAAUUGGCUCUUACAACACCAUAUAUGGAUAUGGUAAUAACUCACAUGGUUGCAGUUAUCCGAGUAUGCCAUCCAUACCAAGUGCCACGCAAAUGUCCAACAACCAUAUAGUUGACAUGAACCUCAUGGAAAAUGUAGAGGGGCCAUUCCAACAAGGACACUUUCAGGCAACUUUACCGGGGAUAAGAGCGUGGUGAGAAACUAUUCCAAAACAACCACCCAACUCUCAUCAAGUUUUUUUCCUUUAGGUUUUUGUUUAGGUUUGGCUAUGCAGCUGCAAGGUUACUUGUUGAAAACCUCAACGAAUAGGCCAACAGGCAAAUCCAAGUGUAGGCAUAUACUGUUUAACACGUUUAUAUUGGACUAUAUGUGUUUUAUUCUAACUAUGUGUAAUGGUCUACUAUAAUUUCUUGUUUAACUAUUUCGUUUUGUUUAGCUAUUUAACUAAGUUGAUAAUAUUGCUCUAACGGACUUUGUUCAAGACAUGGUAUUUUUGUACAUGACAAUAAACCUUGAUUUA